GUAAUUUUCCCAAGAAUAGAAAGGAGAGUAAAUAGUGAGAAACCCAGUGCCAUGUCCGCUGACCACCGUUGAGGUCCGUCCGGGUCGCAUUGCACAAAAUAGUGAAAAUACGCGGCCGCCGCAGGGGACAUUGAGAGGUAAAGCUUUGGAUGCGACGAAAAACUCGGCGCAGCAGAAAUGGAGGAAGCCAAGGCUAUAGCUCAGCAGCAUCUCGUGCAACAGAUCCAACGACAGAAACAGCAGCAAGAUGCCAUGGCUCGCUUCCCCUCCAACAUCGACGCCCAUCUUCGUCCCCAACCCUUCCUCCACCGCCCGCAAUCUCAGCCUCAAAUUCAACCUCCUAAUCCCAAUCAACAAAACCCUAACCCUAAUCCCGCUCUCCAGAUCCCUAUUCAGCAAAACCCCAGCGCUAGCCCUUCGCAGCAGCAGCAACCGCAGAAGGUUAACCGGCCGGCACCGGCUUCGAAUCCGGCGGAGCUGCAAAUGGCCUACCAGGACGCUUGGCGAGUCUGCCAUCCCGACUUCAAACGCCCUUUCUCUUCCCUGGAAGAUGCCUGCGAAAGGCUUCUUCCGUAUCAUGUUGUUGCGGACUAUGAAGCAGAAGAAGAUGACAAAAUCCUUGAUUCAGACACAACAGGUCAAAUUCUCUCUCGAUCCCAACAGUGGGACCACAACAUUGCUGCAAAAGUUGCUGAGUUUACCGCGACAUUUGAGAAACAAGUACUUGCAUUCAAUAUUAUUUCGCGAAAAAGAGAACAUGGGGAAUUCCGAACAGAGGAAAAACUGCAGAUUGAGCAGAUACUUGCGCAAGAAGAGAGGAGGGCUUACAUUGAGUUGAGGGCAGAGUUGGAGGCGAGGAAUAAAGCAGGCAGAGAGAGUCAUGAUGCUAAUAUGCAAAUGGCAGCUAUGGUCCAAGCCGAGCAUGCCCGGGCUGAGUCACAAGCUCGUGCUGAGAUGAUGAUGAUGUCACGAGCACCGAUGCGAGCAAGUGCACUUGCUGGGCCUCAAAGCGGUAAUAUUGUGAUGGGCCAUGAUGGCGGCGAGGAAGUCAAAGAUGAUGAGAUGAUGAAUGGUUGGGGUCAUAAUGCACAGAAGGACGACAAAGAGCCGUCUGAUGAUUUUCUUAAUGAUGAAGAGACCGAUAACGGAGAUGGGGGUGGUGUUCAAAGUGACUGGCAUGGAGGGGGAGAGUUGGAUCUCAACACAAGAUGAUUAGGACACCCCAUAUGGUGGCAUAGUUGUCUGUCUUCGAGGGAAGUAAAAAUGAAAUAUCAGGGAGAUUGUUGUAUUGUAUAGAAGCUGUACCUUUAAUUGAUUGUACUAGGGCAGAAAUUAUAACUUGGAAACCAGAAUCUUUUGACACUAAUUGAUUGGAAAAACUCUAUUGGAAUUAUUGAUGCUCAUAUUUUAAAGGUGGACAGAAUUGCAUGAGAGGUUUUAUGCGGA